AUGCUAUCCCAGCUAUUCGCCCUUCUUCCCCUCCUGGCCAUUGCCUCCGCCAGCCCCAUCAACAAGCGAGACGGUACCCUCAUUCGGUCCGGCCGAGACGGCUUUUGUCUGGCUGUAGACGCUCAGAACAUUGGUCGGUACGGCCCCGUCGCGAACGGCACCCCGGUCAUCACCAAGAGCUGCGUUGAGGCCAACACGUGGUUCAUCAACCGAGGCAGUGGAUCUAUCACCGUCCCCGGUCUCGACCUCGCCCUCGACAUCGGCCUGAACCCGGGCAACAAUGGUGCCCUCAAGGUUUGGCAGUCGUACCCAGGCGCCCCUCAGCAGACCUGGUACCUUACCGACGACAACCGGAUCGCCCAGACUGGCGGUACUCAGUGUCUCGACGAGGGGGACAACGGCGUGCAGACCUACCAGUGCACCACUGGCAACACCAACCAAGUCUGGUACAUUGAUAAUAACUCUGCUGUACCCACCACUACGGUCUCGCCCACCACUAGCGCCUCAGCUUCAGCCUCUGCCUCUGCCUCUGCCUCUGCCUCCGCCAGCGCCACCCCCGCCGCCGGUCACCAGGUCAAGUUCGGUAACCAGUGUCUCACUGCCCAGGGCACCCCCAGCGACGGCACGCCAGUCACUCUUGGCUCCUGCGUCAGCUCUUCCUCCAAUGCAUUCGAGUACUCCACCAACAACGGGCUUCGUCUCAUCAACACCCAGUACUGCCUGGACGCCGGAUCCAACCCGGCCAACGGCAUCCCACUCAAGCUCUGGUCGUGCGGUGGCUACGCUCAGCAGAGCUUCAGCCCGACUUUUGCUGGAUUGAUUCGGGCGACCAACAACCAGUGCCUUGAUGUCAAGGCGGACGAGCCGUCCGUUGUUCAGACCUGGGAGUGCUCGAACCCCGACCCCCAGCAGCAGUUUGUCAUCACCUCGUAG